CUCUUCGCACGCCUCUCCCCUUCUCUUGCCUGCCCCCUUUGCCUCCUACCAGAUUCAGGGGAGAUCCCUGCUUGAUGAAACCAAUAUGGCACUCCAGCACGUUCAAUCUGAACUCCUCCUGCAUCGAACGCUAUCUGAUGACGGCGCCGCUGUGCUGCAGGCCCUCAUGGCCAGCACGAGGGGCCAGAAGAUCCUCGUCAAGGCACUUCACGCAGGCCUCAGGUGAGCAGCAGCAUCAGAGGGCAAGGGUGGUGACUGCGCUUGUCUGCAGAUUAUUGGCUCCUGCUGUGUGUGUUGUUUGUGCAGAUCAGGCGCUGUGUCGCCAAAAGCCUUGCUGCACGGCACAGCACUGAGUGGUGUCUUACUGGAGCCGGCGGCAAACAUCCCCACCAUCCCUCUGCCCGAAGUGUUUCUGGCGUCCAUGCUGGACUACCUCACCGGCGACGAGCUGCCCUAUGCGCAGUAAGCAGAUCCACCUGUGGAUGGGGUGCUUGGUGGCAUAUCACAUCUCCUCGCGCCUAUUUUGCUUGCUGUGUGUCACUGUCUGUCAGGACGUGUCGAUAUCUGUACGAGACGUUCGUCAAUGGUGGCGCCCUCCGCGUGACCCUCUCGCCCCGCAGCCCCCUCAUCGCCCCCCUCAGACACGACUCACCCUCCCACCUCCACCAAACCAUCAAGCGCCUCAUCCGACUGCGGCCCUCGGGCGUCAGGCAUCUCACCGUCGUGGUCCCUGUCCAUCGGGACAACCCGAAGGACCUGCCCUCGCUGCUCAACAAGCUCAUCCAGGCCCUUUGCUUGAGCGUGGAGAUCAGCGGGUCGGUGACGCUGUCGUCGCUUGACGUGACGGCCCCGUGCGCCGUGGACGGGCAAGUGAUGGAAACCGUGCUCGGCCGGCACGCAUCGACACUCCGACGGCUGCGGCUCGUGCGCACACGCCCCACCCCCGCCCCCAGGCCCACCUGCCCACCCCGUCCCCUCACGCCGUACUGCCCCCUCCCCCUCCUGGAGGACCUGACGCUGGACGGAUAUGCCCUCACCAGGGCAGACGGAUGCACCAACGCUAUCAGCGAAGUCGCCGUUACGGCACCAGCCAACGGAGCGAUUACACCCUUGCUGCCGCUGCAGAGCUUCUCGAUCCUCCCGGCCAAUCCAUCAAACCUGCUGGACGCCUCCUUCAUCCAGGACUGGGGUGACGUCCUGCAGGCAUCGAUGCACCACCCCUCCCUCCGCUCCCUCUGUGUCCCGUGCCUUCGACUGGAGCCCCUCAAGGCCCUCAUGGACGACCGCACGGCCAUCCCGAGACUGUCCUCCAUCGGGUGGAUUCCGGUGUCGGCCGACGGGCACGUGCUGGGCCGGAGGGAGGGGGGCGAGACGGUGACGAUCGGCCAUGUGGCGGCCAGGUGGCCGUCGGUGUCGGUGCUGAUGGUGCUGGGGAAGGGCGGGAUGGGGGGACAUGUGAGGGCCAUCGAUGGGUUCGUGCGGGUGUGGUGUGGGAGGGGCAGCUGGGGCGGGUGGGUGAGGAGCAAGUGGAGGAGGAAGGAGGGGGGGUCUCAUUUCAUGUGACGUGAUGUGAAUAUCGUAUCGCUGUCCUUCAACACAUCGCGUGUCCUCUCCCUUCUUUCCGCCACGAGAUCUGCAUAGCACGGCUGGAUGCUAUGCGGUUGUCGUGGGCGGCGGCUGGGAGCAGGCAACCGAUGUGUGUGAAGGACAGUGUGUAGCGACUUGCCUUACUUGCAGCCCUUGAAAGUGUGCUGAUGCCCAGUGGUGGUGCACUGGGCGGUCUCUGUAGUGUAGCCAGUGUCUCUACCGCACGUGCAUUGCAUGCCCCCUGUCGAGUGAUGGUUCCUCUUGAAGCCCAAUUAAGCACGUGCGGCUUGAAGUAUUGUGGCUUUUGUACCUACUGUACAGUUUAUCAAAUAUUUCUUGUCGAUAGCGAGUGGAUGACAGUACUACGCUGACUUCCCCCACACACAGGCAGGCAGGCAGGCAGGGAGUUCUGCCGGUGAACGGGAGGGUAGACUGUGACUUCGGGGCCUGUUGUCAUCUUCUUGCACGCGCACCGUCGUCUGGUCCAGCAAGGCGCACACGGCAGUACGUGUGUGAGGGAGAUGUGCCGCAGGGAGUCGCAGUCUUGCCUCCCCUUUCCAUUUUGCCACUCUGCAUCCAUGAGAGAUCGUGUCAAGUGGGUGUCGUGUCCAUCUAUCAGCCAGCCAAAGUCCAAAGAGCCACUGCUACACACACCAGACACAAGGCCAAGCAAACAAAGCAAGUUUGUUUGCGUCUAGUGAGUGGUGUGUGGAGCUGUGUAACUUUUGGUCUUCUGCUUGAAUUCCCCCGUGGCCGACUAGCGAACGACACACCACGACGUGCGUCGUUCAUGUCGAUACAGACCGAUUCAAUUGAUUCAAUUCAGUGAAGGGCCA